AUGCACAAAGGAAAACCAAAGAAAGCAUUUUAUUCCUCUCAUGAAAAGAAGACAUUUGCAUGUUAUCAUUGCAAAGAACAGCAUUCCAUUUUUCAAUGUCCGAAGUUUCUAGCACUGUCCAUUGACCAACGAUAUAAAACAGUUCAAUCUUUAAAAUUGUGCCCCAAUUGCUUACACAGUGGGCAUCCUGUUGAAAAGUGUCGUUCAGGUCACUGCAGGCAGUGUAAUCAAAAACACAACUCGCUAUUGCAUCAAGCUGAAUCGGAAAAGGAAUCGAUUACUUCUUCUGAUUCAAAACCCGAAUCAUCGAAAACUCCUAUUCAAGGUAAGGUAACAUUACACAAUUCCUACCCCGAAAGCCAAGUUUUGCUUGCCACCGCGGUAGUUGAAGUAUUUGAUUCUGAUGGUGAAAAACAUUUAUGCAGAGCACUUCUUGAUAGUGCUUCAAUGUCCAACUUUAUUACUUCAGAAUUUGUUAACAAGUUAGGUAUCGAAAAACACAAAUUCAAUUCCUCAAUUUUAGGCAUUGGUCAAAGCAAUUCCAGCAUAAAACACUCAUGCAUUGUCAAAUUCAAAUCCUGUUAUUCCAAGUUUUCAAGACAACUAACUUGUUUAGUUAUCCCACAAAUUACGGGUGAAUUACCGAAUUGCUAUUUCGAUCCCAUCCAGUUAGAAAUACCAUCCCACUGUCAGUUAGCCUAUCCUAAAUUCCAUGAACCAGGUCAAGUGGAUCUUCUAAUUGGCGCAGAUACAUUUUGGGAUUUACUUGAUAAUGAAAAGAUAUCUCUCGGGUCACACAAGCCUAUUCUACAUAACAGUAGAUUAGGAUGGUUCAUUUCUGGUCCGUUAGGCAUUUCCACCCCAAAUCAUUCUUUCUGUCAUCUCUCCACUUUAGAUGUUCAAAAGCAGUUAGCCAAGUUUUGGGAAAUCGAAGAGUUGUCAAGUGAGCCGAUCCUGUCGGAUGAGGAAUUUCAAGCCGAAAAACACUUCUCUGAUAAUUUUAAGCGCGGUUCAAAUGGUAGAUUCACUGUAGCCAUUCCACUUAAGAAAUCAUCAGAAGUUUUAGGGGAUUCCAAGUUACAGGCAACAAACCAAUUCUUGCAGCUGGAACGCAAACUUUCGAAAAAUCCCAUAUUAAGGGCCAUGUACACAGAUUUUAUGACCGAAUACCACAAUCUAGGCCACAUGUCAAUUUUUGCUUCAUCCAAUUCCAAACCUAGAUACUAUUCACCACACCAUGGCGUUCUAAAGAAGGAUAGCUCUACUACGAAACUUAGAGUAGUCUUUAACAGCUCAGCUCCCUCUUCAUCAGGUGUAUCCUACAAUUCUAUCCAGAUGGUUGGGCCUGUGGUACAAGAUGAUCUGGUUUCCAUCAUGCUAAGAUUUCGGCAACACCAGUAUGUAAUUUCUGCAGACAUCUGUAAAAUGUACCGACAAAUAUUAGUCCAAGAGGAGUAUCAUCCUUUGCAGCUUAUUCUAUGGAGAGCAGAUCCCAUGGAUGAACUUCAAACUUUCUCUCUUAAUACUGUGACUUAUGGCACGGCAAGUGCUCCUUUUCUAGCCACACGCUGCUUAAAACAGUUAGCUAUCGAAUACGAAUCAUUGAAUCCUCAUGCAUCUCGAGUCAUCAGUAAGGAUUUCUACGUCGAUGAUCUGCUAUCUGGAGCUGACAGUUUCGAAGAGGCAGUACAUUUGUGUCAGGACGUUUCAUCAAUCUUAAAAUCAGCAUGUUUCGAGCUAAGGAAAUGGAAAUCCAACAGUAAGCAAUUACUACAAAGGAUCAAGGCUUCACAGCCAGUCCAGGAUUCGUAUUUUUUUGGUUCAUUCGAAACAAGCAAAACCCUGGGUAUGCUAUGGUCAUGCGAAUCAGAUACUUUGCAUUUUCGCAUCAAUUUGCCAGCAUCGGCAAAACAGGUGACAAAGCGUACUAUUCUAUCUGAGGUUUCGAAAAUCUAUGAUCCUCUCGGUCUUGUAAGUCCCGUGGUUAUUAAGGCCAAAGUAAUUAUUCAACUUCUUUGGACUUUAAAACUUGCGUGGGAUGAGCCGGUACCUUCAGACUUGUGUCGAAAAUGGCUUAACUUUCGAUCACAAUUGCAGGAAUUAAAUUCGUUGCAAAUUUCCAGAAACAUUUCCUGCCAAAAUCCUAUUUCAAUUCAACUUCAUGGUUUCUCGGAUGCUUCGAACAUCGCUUACGGUGCUUGCAUUUAUAUACGUACGAGUGAUGCAGUGGGCAAUGUUCAAGUUGGACUUUUAACCUCCAAAUCGCGAGUUGCCCCUCUCAAAGUUCUCAGCAUCCCACGACUAGAACUAUGCGGUGCUUUACUUUUGUCACAACUAUAUGAAAAAGUUAAAAGGUCAAUUACAUUAAAAAUUGACAACGUUUUUUUAUGGUGUGAUUCCACAGUUGCGCUUGCAUGGUUAAGAUGCUCACCGCACAGUCUUCAAAUUUUUGUUGGAAACCGUGUAUCUAUCAUUCAGAGUUUAACAUCAAGUGAGGAUUGGAGAUACGUUCCAACUGAGCACAAUCCAGCAGAUAUUUUGUCACGUGGAAUGUCACCACAAGACAUCUUAUCAGCAUCCUUCUGGUUUCAUGGACCUAGUUGGCUUCAAGAGUCGGGAAAUAAAUGGCCAAAGGAUAUUACCUGCGGAAGCUCAGUUCCAUUCGCGGAACUUCCAGAAAUUCGAAAGAUAGCUCAAUCCUUUGUUCAGAUACAUCACAACGAUCUUUUCCCAUUUAACCGAUUUUCAUCCUUCAUGCGUCUAAUUAGAGUUGCAGCUUAUUGUCUACGCUUUAUUAAAUCAUGCAAAACAAAGUCUUCCAAGGGACAUCACAAACCUUUAACAAUCUUCGAACUCCGUCAUGCAAAGGAAGUUUUAACCAAGUUGUCUCAACGCGAAAGCUUUUCAAGGGAAAUACAUGAACUUUCAAAGUCAAAUCAGGUUUCCUCAAAAAGCAGACUUCUUAGCUUGACCCCUUUUCUUGACGAUGGUCUAAUUCGUGUAGGAGGUAGACUUAAACAUUCAUUAUACCCAUUUCAUAAAAGGCACCCAGCACUUUUAUGUUCAAAACAUCAUUUUACCUACUUGUUAUUUAGGUACGAACACAAAGUCCUUCUGCAUUGCGGCCCACAAUUACUUCUCUCCCAUAUCAGGGAAACUUUCUGGCCAGUCGCAGGUAGAAAUCUUGCCAAGCGCAUUGUAAGAGAAUGCAUUGUGUGCUUUCGAUUUAAUCCCACUAUUCCGACUCCAAUAAUGGGUAAUCUUCCAGAGGCGCGAAUUUCACCAAGGCCACCUUUUUCAGACACAGGCAUUGAUUACGCCGGCCCUUUCCAAAUAAAAGAUCGCAAGGGACGCGGAUGUAAAAUACAAAAAUGCUAUCUCGCACUUUUUAUUUGUUUGACUAGCAAGGCAGUUCAUCUCGAACUUGUCACUGAAUUGUCAACACAAGCCUUUCUAGAGACAUUUCAACGGUUCAUAGCUCGCAGGGGUAGACCAACCAACAUAUAUACUGACAAUGGUACCAACUUUAAGGGGGCUAGUAAUCAGUUGAAAGAAUUGGGCGAUUUUUUAAGAAACAACUCAGAUUCUGUAAAAAAUCAGUGCGGAUUGGACUUAAACAUACAGUGGCAUUUUAUAGCAGCCUACUCGCCUCACCACGGAGGUCUCUGGGAGGCAGGAGUGAAAUCAGCGAAGCAUCACAUCAAAAGAAUACUAUCUAAUGUCCUUUUAACAUUUGAAAGUUUUUACACAGUUCUCACGCAGAUAGAGGCCGUAAUGAAUUCUCGACCUCUAACGCCACUCUCUUCUGACCCAAACGACCUAGGGGUGUUAACUCCAGCUCAUCUAUUAAUUGGUCGUUCACUUCAAUCAAUUUCCUAUCCAAAUGUACAGGAUAUUCCUUUGAAUCGUCUUUCUCACUUUGAACAAUUGGAAGUCCUUAAACAACACUUUUGGAAAAGAUGGACGAAGGAAUAUAUUGGUCAAUUACAAGAAAGAGUUAAAUGGAAAAAGAAUCAGCAUAAUCUUGUAGUUGGUACAAUGGUUUUAGUUCGCGAUGACAAUUUACCCCCGUUCAAAUGGCGGCUAGGGCGUAUAAUUGAACUUCAUCCAGGUAGUGACAAUAUUGUGCGCGUCGUUUCAGUCAAGACCACAUCGGGAGUGAUAAAACGCGCUGUCCUAAAGUUGUGUCCGCUUCCAAUUACUAACCUUUAA